CACUGCCUUAACUCGCCUGUAAACAAUUUGAAAAUUGUGCAUUUGUUUUGAACUCACCUGGUUUUCGCCCCAAAAGCACAAACUAAGCCGGCACAGACAUUAAUCCGGGCAAAUAAUCCCGAGAGUGCCAGUGAUGUGGACAAUUCCUCGUUUGAUUAUGGCCAGAUUCGUUGGCAGGCACGCGCGUGCGCAGCAAACACAAUCAAUCGGGCGCCAGGACGAAGGACUCUACAUAGAGAAAUGCUGUGACAUCGCGAAUUAAGUCAGUGCUCAACGGAAUUUGGUGGCAUUUCAACGUGUUUUCGGUUGCAAAAAUUCCUAAAUAAAGAAGCGCACAACACACACGUUGUGUCGAACUAUCCGUGUGUUGGUCUGUGGCUUAGUGUGUGUGUGUGUGUGUGUGUUUGGCGAGGGGAGGCGGAAACCUUAGGAAAGUAGAAAGUAAAAAAUACAAAGUUUAUGCAAAACACUCUACAAAAAAAAAAAACAGAAAACACGAUUAAAAAGCUAUUUGCGAAACGGCAAAUAAAAUGAAAAGUCAAUAAAUGGCCCGUAACUCAAUUUGGCCCACAAUUUUAACGGUUUAUCGUACAGAUAGAGUACACGGUAGUGAAUAAAAUCGAACAAAUAAACACUUCCGUUCGAAAAAAGGUGACAGACGAGAUGAAAACGCGCCUGGUCUCGCUCACUUAUCGCGGCAGUGCGUCCGUCGAUCCACGCUACUCCGCCUCCAUGCUGCCAUGGACCAUAAACGACAUCAGGUCAACAGAGAGUUACACCAAGCUAUCGGUGGGCAUCGAGCAUGGCAUAUUGGAGUCAUACAACUCGGACUUUGAGCUGCAGUUCAGCCAUCCCCUGAAGCAUAUCGUCGGCAUGUGCCGCAUCAUCCACAAGCCGCUGGCAAAGAGCAUCGGGAACGGGUUUAUGCAGCUCAAGUCGAGCCACUCCUCGGUAUCCUCCACCGGCGCCACAGCCUUGUCCGGCGGGAGCAACACCAGCAGCUCGCUGACCGGAAACGGACCUCGCCACACACUGACCGCAUCCACGUCCUAUGGCUCACUCUCGUCCAGUGCGGCGUCCGCUUAUCAGCAGCAGCAGCAGCUGGCGGCGGAGGCUGCGGCGGAGCAGCCGCAGAACUUCAUGGAAUUCCAGGGACCCAUCACCGGACUGGUCUACUUGCUGAAGGACCCCAAGGAUCCGCUGCUGCAUAUCUAUCUCUUCGAGUGCGAGGCCGUAGAGGAGAUGGCCGAGCUGAUGCACCAGAUGCGGGAUCCGGCACACACGCUCGGCGGAUCCGUGGGCAGCAUUCCGCAGACCCUGAUCGGGGGCGGAGGCGGAAACGGAAACCAUAGCUCCUCCAAUGGCGGUCUUAACGGCAUACAUGCGACUCCCGCCACUAACCUGAAGAUGAGUGAGGCGAUGAGGAGUGCCCAGCACGACACAAGCCCCAAUCCCGUCAGCUCCAAGAUGAAGGCCUCCAAGUCGUACACGCACGGCUUGAGCAGCUCGUCGGGCACGGUGAAUAUACCCACGUCCACUUCGGCCCAGAGUAAUCUCUCCCUGCUGGCGGACAUCUCGCCAAAUCAUACGCACUUCUUCGAGGUGAUGUAUGUGGGCAAGAUUAGAGUCUCCCAGAAGCGGGUGCCCAACACCUUUAUUGACGACGCCCUGCCCAAGUUCAAGGCCUACGAUGCCCAGCGGCUGAGGCUCCUCCAGAACCGCAAAAUGUCGCUUAGCAGCGAAGGAGGCGUUGGCAUAGAGGCCAAGGCUGGGAGCUCUCUAAAGAGCCACGACCUCAAGGAAGAGGACGAGGACCAGGAGCAGCAGCAGCAGCAGCCGCCUGAGGAGGAGGUGCGAGGGUCACAGGCCAGACCCCAAGUGCAGCUACAGCUCACGGGCGCAGAGGAUGGAGCUGCUCCCCGACCGCUGGAGGAGAACAAGGAGAACAAGUCCCCUGUGAAGCGACAACUGCUGCGAGGUCAGAGUCAAAUUGAGCUGGGAAACAAGGAGCACGCCGAUGGCCCAGAGCCACCGCCAUCGUCAGCCGCUGGCCAGCUGGAGGCGACCAAUGUCAUUGUUAACAAACAGCCCACGCCGCCCAGGGAGCAGGGUGUGGCCCCUGGGACUGGGGGCGCCACUUCCACGGCCGCGGGUCCCAGUCAGUUGCAUCCCAAUUAUGCGCUGGAGAACAUACCCAAGCAGAGGGACCGCUCCGCCUCGCAGGGAUGCAUUCCGCCGUACGUGGAGCAGAACCGGACGAUGGUGUUUCUGGUGGGGCGCUGCGAUCUUCGCCUGAUAUCGCCGGACCGCAAGCAGGUGCUCCUGUACAAGGACUUUAAGGAUGUGGCCAGCUGUGUGCACGGCCAGAAGUCACUCGAUCACUUUGGGAUCAUCUGCCGGGAGCUGAACAACGAUGGCUACAUCGGCUACGUGUUCAAGUGCCAGUCGGAGCACGUGUGCGACGACAUUGUGGCCGCCAUUGCCCAGGCCUUUGACACCUGUGCAGAGCAGAAGAAGAAGCAGGAGACGCAGAUUUUCAGCUGCGAGCAUUGCCCUAUGCUGUGGUACCACAAGCUGUGCACGGACGUCGAGGGACUCACAGAAAAGAAGACCCAGGCCCUGAUUCUGCGAAGAAUCGAGACCCUGAGCGAUGACGAGCAGGAGAUUGUGUGGGCCAAGUUCUGUGGCUCGGAGAAGACCAACUCUCCGGUGGCCGAGCAGAAUCAGUUCCUAAUGAUGCUCCUGCGAGCUCACUGCGAGUCCCGGCAGCAGCGCCAUGUACACGACACCGCCGAGAACCGCUCUGAGUUCCUUAACCAGUAUCUCGGCGGCAGCACCAUCUUCAUGAAGGCCAAGCGCUCCCUAACCAACUCAUUCGAUAAUCUUCUCAAGCGCAAGCCCUCCAAGGACGACAUAGCCGUGCCGGCGCACAAUCUGAGGGAGAUUCGCGAGGGUUCUGCCGAGCCCCUGGGCACAGAGUCCCCGCCCGAAGGCUUCCGCUCGAGAUCCAACACCGUGGGAGCGAGCCCCAGCACCAAGCCCACGGCUGAGCAGCUAAAGAGCCCCAUGAUGGACAUCUUCAUUAAGGUGGGCAACAGCCCCAAGGAAGCGGAAACCCACCAGGGAUCGUGGCGCCAGGCCAUACUAAAUAGUGUAGUCACACCCUCCAAGGGACUGGACAGCGAGGUGCCCACCGAGUUUCUGUCGCCCAUGAGAAAGCCCAUCAAACGGGGCAAGCGGGAUGCCGCAGAGCUGCGAGAAUUGUGGCGCACUGCCAUCAGGCAGACGAUAAUGCUGAACCGCAUGGAGACGGAGAACGCCAUGCUGCAGGCGCGCCAGAAUGAAAACGAGCUGAAGCGGAUCAAGCUGGACUACGAGGAGAUUGUGCCGUGCGACAAGCAGCUAAUCGAACGCUGGGAGCAGAUAAUCGAGAGGAACUCCACGCAGAUUGGCAACAAAAAGGAUCCCAAGGUGCUGGGCCAUGCCAUACGCACUGGAGUGCCGCGGUCAAAGCGCGGCGAUGUGUGGACCUUCCUCGCUGAGCAGCAUUCCAUGAAUACGGCGCCGGUGGACACAAAGCGGUUCCCCAACUUUAACACGCCGUAUCACACGCUGCUGAAGCAUCUUACCGAGCACCAGCAUGCGAUCUUCAUCGAUCUCGGCAGGACGUUUCCCAACCACCAGUUCUACAAGGAUCCCCUAGGACUGGGUCAGCUGUCGCUGUUCAAUCUGCUGAAGGCCUACUCCAUUCUCGACCCAGAAUUGGGCUACUGUCAGGGUCUCGGCUUCAUCUGCGGCGUCUUACUCCUGCACUGCGACGAGGCCAAUGCGUUUCAACUGCUGAAACACUUGAUGUUCCGCCGAAACAUGCGCACCAAAUACCUGCCCGACAUGAAGAAGUUCCAGCUGCAGCUCUACCAGCUGUCCCGCCUGGUCAAGGAUCAUCUGCCGGAUCUGUAUGUGUGGCUCGAUCAGAACGAUGUGUCGCCCACCUUGUAUGCCGCCCCCUGGAUUCUUACCGUCUUCAGCUCACAGUUUCCGCUGGGCUUUGUGGCCCGAGUCUUUGAUUUGCUCUUCCUGGAGUCCUCCGAUGUGAUCUUCAAGUUCGCCAUCGCCCUGCUCUCCGUGCACAAGCAGCAGCUGCUGGCCAAGGACAACUUUGAGGAGAUCAUGGACUACCUAAAGACGGUGGUGCCGAAGAUGGAGGCCGGCUGUAUGGAGCAAAUCAUGAAGCUGGUCUUCAACAUGGACAUUGGCAAGCAGCUGGCCGAGUACAAUGUGGAGUACAAUGUGCUGCAGGAGGAGAUUACCACCACCAACCAUCAUCUGGAAAUGCUGAACAGGGAGAAGACCCAGAACCAGCAUCUUGAGCAGCAACUGCAGUUUGCCCAGUCCUCGAUUGCCCAGUUGGAGACCACGCGCUCCUCGCAACAGGCUCAAAUAACCUCGCUGCAGUCGCAGGUGCAGUCUUUGGAACUGACCAUUCAGACCCUUGGGCGCUACGUUGGCCAGCUGGUUGAGCACAAUCCCGACUUAGAGCUGCCUAACGAGGUGAGACGCAUGCUGCAGCAGCUGGACGACCUGGAGCGCCAGCGACGCAAGCCCAUCUUCGCCGAGCGCAAGAUCGGCAAAUCCGUUUCCGUCAACAGUCACUUGGGGUUUCCACUCAAGGUCCUCGAAGAGCUGACCGAAAGAGACGAACAUGGUUCGCCACAAAAGCAGAAGAAGGAGAAGACACCUUUUUUUGAGCAGUUGCGCCAGCAGCAGCAGCAGCACCGCCUCAAUGGCCACCAGUCCUCCAAUACCAGCGAGUCGGCGGCAUCUCCGACGCCACCGUCGCGACCCAAUCGUCUCCUGGACAGCGCCAGCGCCCAGACCGUCAUGCAAACCAAGCUGAACGAGCUGAAGCUGCCCGAGCAUGUGGACAAGUUCGUAGCGAACAUCAAGAGCCCUCUGGAGGUGGACUCGGGUGUGGGAACACCCCUCAGUCCGCCCAGCACGGCGAGCAACAGCAGCGGCAGCAGCAUAUUCAGUCGCAUGGGCUACCGGACAACACCGCCGGCGCUUUCGCCGCUGGCCCAGCGCCAGAAUUAUGGCGUGGCCAUUACCACGGCACCCUCGCCGGCGCAUAUGGAACAGGUGCCGCCAGCAAUGACAACGGCUGCUAUGCUGCCGCGGGAGGAGGCCAAGGAGGAGCCGCAGGCCAUGCAUCCGCUCAGCAUGGUCGGUGGCGAUGUGAAUGUCCGCUUCAAGGGCACCACGCAGCUCAAGUCCAUUCGUCCCGUGCACCAUAUGCGCGCCAUAGCGCUGGGCGGUGUGCAGCAUCAGUCCAGCACGGAGUCAGCUAUGGUGGGAGUGGCUCCGGUGCCCGUGGAACUGGCGCCGCCGCAGGCCACCGCUUCAGCCACCGGUCGCAGCUAACGGUUCUGAUUCAUUGGCAAGCUGCUCCGUGGAUUCUAUCGCGAUUAGGGCAGGAUCAUAGCAGAUUGAAACAACACUGAACACCGAACCCCCACGCUACUCAUAACCUCCUAUGUUGCGGCUUAGAUACCAUUAACUCCAGCCUAUAAGAUACAACUAAGUACUUCGUUUUCGAGGCGCGCACAAAAUGUUGCCAUAUAAAUAUAUUGCUCCGAAAGUUACGCAAUCGUUACAAAUGAUCGCCCAGUAUAUGGGGCGAGUCUAUAUGCUUAUAAGAUGUGGAAUUGGAUAAUGCUUUUUCAAGGUUUUUUAUCAAAACUCGAAGCUUAUAACCUUAGGCACACAAAAACCAAAUCAAAGGCAGUUUAUAUUGUUUUAGUUUACCCCCCUCUUACCAUUGACCCUACUUAACGUACUUAACGAAUUUACUUAGUAGCUUGUACUUGUUGAUUUUCGUGUUUCUUUAGUUCUAGACACCAUUUAGUUCGUAACACUAUUAUACUUAGUUUAGUUAUAUAUUUGUACAUUUAUCCCAGGGUUUUGCUUUGCAAUCUAUGUAAACUAGAGUCAGAAACCUAAUGUAUAAAAUCAAUUCCGAUGACAUUUGCUUGUACAUUGUUCUUGAAUAGGAAACAAAUUUCUGAAAAUCUCUUUCAUUAUAAUUAUAAUUACGGUACUUGGAUUGUAUGAAUUGUUUACGUGCUUAUCGAAUAUGAACCACAAGUUAAGGCAAAAUCAAAAUAAUAAUUGCUUCUGUGUUGAGUACUUAUUACUUAUUGCUUAGCCGGGUCCGCUUCUGUCAUGCGUCCCGGAGUUUGUGUAGCUGAUUUGUGUUAGAAUAUGAGUAAAGUCAACAACAACAAUUACAUGAAAACAGUAAUAAAGUCAAAAAUUAUUUAAUCAA